AUGAGUAUGGAAGAAAAUGCCACAAUUCUGUCUGGAUUUAUACUUGUGGGGUUUAAUGAAACUCACCAAUUUCAUUUUUUAAUCUUUGCAUUAUUGUUGUUUCUGUACAUAAUCACCUUAAUGACAAAUACUAUGAUUAUUCUAAUAGUAAAAUCUGACCCUGUGCUUAGCACACCUAUGUACUUCUUUCUAAUGCACUUGGCCUGCUUAGAGGCUUGCUAUAUGUCAGUCAUCAUCCCCAAACUAUUAGAAAAUUUAAUGGUGAAACCUAAUGUCAUUUCCUUCCUGGGAUGUGCUGUGCAGAUGUUUCUCUUCCUCUUUUUUGGGGUAGCUGAAUGCUUUCUGCUGGCUGCAAUGGCAUUUGACAGGUAUGUUGCCAUAUGUUGCCCUUUGCGUUACACAACAAUUAUGAGCAGGAAUAUUUGCUGGAAGAUGGUAACUGGUUCAUAUGUCUGUGGGACUGUCGUUGGGCUCGUCCACACCACUGUCACAUUUAGCUUGCCAUUUUGUGGUGUGUCCAUAGACCACUUCUUCUGCGAGGUGCAGCCAUUGUUGGAAUUAGUCUGUGGAGACACUUUCCUAAAUGAACUUCAAGUCAUUGGGGUGGCUCUGAUGGCUAUAAUGCUACCUUUCCUGCUGAUAAUUCUAUCUUACAUUGGUAUUAUCUUCACUAUCAUCAGAAUGCCAGUCUUGGAGAGCAGAUAUAGAGCUUUCUCCACCUGCUCUUCACAUUUAAUAGUGGUUGUCCUCUUUUACGGAACAGCUAGUUCUAUGUAUUUAAAACCCAAAUCCAGCUAUUCUCCACCAGUGGACAAGCUUUUAUCAUUUUCUUACACUGUUGUAACUCCUCUGUUAAAUCCUAUUAUCUAUAGCCUUAGAAAUAAGGAAAUCCGGGCAUCCCUGAGAAAGUUAUUGAAAAAAUGA